AUGGGGAAUGUACCUACUAAAGAAUCUAGAAGUAGAUCUAGUACAUUUUCAUCCAAUAGUGGGAUACAACCACCUUCAAAUGGUGACAUGACAGGUUUCAUAACUCGAACUUCAGUUCCAAGAAGAUACGCCACUUCAUCAGCCAUGAAUCAAUCGAAUAGUAAUAAUAAUCUUGGCGGUUUAUUAUCAAAUAAUACUUCAUCAUUAUUAGAUUUUAAAAAAUCAAAACGUCAAGAAGAAAAAGAUCGAAUACAAGAAUUACAUUAUUUGAAUUUAUUAGUUAAAUAUAAUGAAAAUGUCGAUGGAGGUUAUUUAGCUCCCUUUGGAACUUAUAAAUCAAAUUUAGAUUUUAAUACUGAUAUUGUUCGAAAAUUAAUUAUAAAUCGAGAAUUAUCUCCCUUUUAUACUCCAUUACAAGAUUUUGAUGAAAGUUGGAGUGAAAAUGAAUUAUUAAUUAUUUUAAAUCAAUUACCUUUACAUGCUAUUGAUAUAGCGUAUAGUGAUUUAGAAGAAAAUUUAGAAGAUGAUAUUGAUAAUCAUAAAAUUCAUAAAUCAGCAAAUUAUUAUAAAAGACAAGAACAAAAAUUAAAAUUGAAAAACUUAUUAAUAAAGAUUAAAAAUUUACAAAAAGAUGAAGAAUUAAAAUUCAUGAUUGAAAAGGAAAAAGCUAAAUCGUCAGAUAAUACCAAUGUGGAAAUAUCAUCAAAUGAUUUAUUAUUAGCAUUAUAUCAAAAUCCAUUAGAAUGUCCAAUUUGUUUUCUUUAUUAUCCCGCCAAUUUAAAUAUUUCAAGAUGUUGUUUACAACCCAUAUGUACCGAAUGUUUUGUACAAAUUAAACGAUUAGAUCCUCAUCCUCCUCAUGAUGAAACUUCAAAUAAUCAAAAUAAUGCUGAUAAAAAGUUCUUACCUCAUACUUUAAUUUCAGAAGCUGCAAGUUGUCCAUAUUGUGCAUCUCCCGAAUUCGGAGUUACUUAUGAUACCCCUGAUAAUAUUUUUACGGGAAUAGGUAGCAAUGUUAAACCAGGAGAUUAUAAAAUUGUUAAAGAUAAUGAAUUUGAUGAUGAAGAUGUCGAUGAAGAGGAGGAGGAAGACGAUAGAGAAGAGGAUGUAUUAGAUGAUGAAGAAGCGGUAAUCACAUCAUCAGAUUCUGCCUCAUCAUCACCUUUAAAAUCAAAUCCUGAACCAGAAUCAAUCACCAAACAAUCAUCAUCAAUCAUUAGUAUCACUAAAAGAAGAAGAAGAAGAUCGUCACUUGCGGCCAAUGCACCAGGAGUUAUAACCAUUGAUAUGAUUAGACCUGAUUGGGAACAACGAUUAACAUCGGCUCGAAAUAAAUUAGAACGGAAAGCAGCAACAGCCACUGCGAUCCAUGCUUCUAAUUUAUUAUUAAAUGGUGAUGAAGAUUCAAGUCGAAGUAGAUCGAAUAGUAAUAUUAUGAUGACCAAUAGUAAUAGGAAUAGUGCUAAUUCUCAUUUAGUUCAAUUACAAACGGUUGAAGAUCGAAUGAUUGAAGAAGCAUUAAGAUUAUCAAUUAUUGAUGAAGAAGAACGGAAAAAGAAAGUUGAAGCAGAAGAAGAAGCUAAAAGUAAGAAGUAA